AUGUCGGCAUCUCCAUCGGAGAAGUCUUCGUCCAAAUCGUCGCGGCCCCUAGCCUGUGUACUCUGCCAGCGCCGUAAGGUCAAAUGCGACCGAAAGUAUCCAUGUUCGAACUGCAUCAAGUCCAAAGCAACAUGCAGCCCCAGUAUCCCAGCACCGGUACGGAAGAGGAGGCGACCAAAUGCAGAGUUGCAAGCAAGGCUUGCGCGGUGCGAAGAGCUUUUGGCUAAAUACGCUGCUGCAAGCAAAGAGCCGCUAGACCACACAAGCACGGUGCCACCGACGCAGUCGGCCAAUAUCCCUCAUUACGAAAACCAUCAAAUGAAUUGGAAGCCAGCUGGGAAGCUCGUCGUUGAGGAUGGCUCUGUUCGAUUCAUGGACAACUUUCUUUGGGCCACAGUAUACGAAGAGGCAAGUAUGCCCAGAUGGACCCCAGGUGCAAUCCUGCUAACGAAAUGGGUACAGCUGCGCCAAAUGAGAGAAUUGGUGGACGACGAGGACGACAAACCCGAGCCCGAAUCAUCCCACGAUUGGGAUCCCGGAGCUUCCAUGCCCGAUUACAGCGAAUAUCUACUUGUGGGCGGCGACUCUCAACCCCAACUUCACCCAGAAGAAAUAUAUCCCAACGCGAGCCAAAUAUUCCGGCUCUGGCAGACAUUCUUGGACAGAGUAAAUUCUCUGACAAAAAUCGUCCAUGCCCCAUCGCUGCAGCCCUUUGUGGUUGAAGCUGCCAGUGGCCCAGGAGUACUUCCAAGCAACGUUGAGGCUCUCUUGUUUGCUGUCUAUAGUAUGUCUGUCGUGACUCUAACAGAGGAGGAGUGUAUGGCGAUGCUCGGUUCUACUUGCAAUGCUGCUUUCCGACGGUUUUCGAGCGGCGUGAGAAAGAACUUGCUACGUGCCGAGUUCCUCAAAUCGCACGAUCUCACAACGCUUCAAGCGUUGGUUCUUCAUAUUAUGUCGAUUCAGGGUCGGUGUAACAUUCACGGUGCCUGGAUUCUAAACGGCAUUUGUGUCAGGAUCGCCCAGAAAAUGGGCCUUCACAGAGAUGGGGAGCUUCUUGGGUUACCACCCUUUGAGACCGAGAUGAGGCGCCGGAUUUGGUGGCAGAUUUUUAUGCUUGACUCCAAGUUCUCAAUGAUCUCGGGGUUGAGCCAGUCGCUUCUUCCUCGACCUAGUGACUGUCAACUUCCAAAAAACUUGAAUGAUGCUGAUUUACACAUGGGAGCAACUGAAAGAUACCAGGAUCGCGAAGGGCCGACGGAGAUGGUCAUACCGUUACUGGUCUAUCAAAUUGGAUAUUGCCUGCGGCAGCAACCUGAUAUCGAAGCUUUGAUGCUGUAUAACGAGCUCAGCACUCUCAGUUCAGGGAGAAAGAGCAAAGUUCAAUCUGCCCAGAUCAGCUCUUUCGUCAAAAUGCUUGAAGAUCGACUCAACAACGUCAUUGAAAAGAAUUCCGACCCAUCAGCAGGGCCAGUGCAUGAAUUUGCGGCUCUAUUGAAGGCUUUGGUACUUCAAAAAGUCAAGGAGACCACUUGCCCACCGCAAGAACAGCCAGAAUGGGGUACCGAAAUCCAAACUCCAAAGGACAACUUGUUCAAAUGGUCAAUCAUGACGACAGAGCAGAACAUAAACGCAUAUAAAUCGAACAAACAUCCUGGAUUUCAUUGGUUUAUAAAGCUACUUUUCCAGUAUGACGUUGUCAUUUUGAUGGUUGGCCAACUCAGCCAACGCACGACUGGGGCUUUAGUUGAACGGGCUUGGCAGCAGGUACCAGCAAUUUACGAGUAUCAUCCGGAAUUCCUAAACCCAUCCCAGGAGUAUAAUAUAGCUCUUGCCAAAUUUGUAUUAAAGGCUUGGAAGGUUAGGGAGGAUCACAUUUGCUCUCAGCAUGGCGUUCAACCCGACGAGCCAGCUUAUAUCACGAAGAUUCGUGAGAUAAUGGCGCCCUAUUUCACCAGGUCUAGGGCGACAACUGAGCCUCUUGCCCAUCAAUCGGAACAACCUUUGGUGGCAGCGAGCCAUGAGGGUCAUCCACCAAUGGAUAAUCUGUUUUCCAGGUAUCUGGAAGCAAGUUCCUCCUGGGAUCCUUUGGCAAUGCCCGACCAAGAGAUCAUUCAAAGACAAUUGUCUUCAUUUGAGGGUCUUGAUAUGAGGACCCCAACUGGUUGGUAG